AUGUUUAUUAAAGAACCGGGUGAUCACACUGACAUUUUCUUCGGUGUUCUUUAUAUGCAGAUUAUCUUGGCCGAUCAAGACUCCAAAAUGCAGCUCAGCGCUCUUCAAGAGGCCAUGUUGGAUUGCCUCAAGAAUGACAGCAGCGCAGUCUUUGACUCUGGUGGACUCCCGACAUGUCCCGGCGUCUGGGACGGAAUCCUAUGCUGGCAACCAGCUCCUGCAGGGACCAUGGCCCAGGUCAACUGCCCGGACUACGUCUACGGCUUCGACAAACGAGAAAUGGCCACCAAGUGGUGCACGGAGAACGGAACGUGGUACGUGAGUCCAGAGCACGGCCAGCCCUGGACCAACUACACUCGCUGCUUCCCGCAGGGCGCAACCAUGCCCUCCGAGAACAUCUCCCUCUUCGAGCCCCACCUGCCGACCAUCAAGCUCAUUUCCAAGGUGUGCUACACAGUGUCCGUGGUGACGCUCCUAGCCGCCUUUCUCAUCCUGGCUUCCAUCAAGAGGCUCCGCUGUCCCCGGAACAGCCUACACAUGCAUUUGUUCAUUUCCUUCAUCCUGAGGGCGCUGGCAUUCCUGCUUAAGGAUGCACUCUUUGUCGACGGCGUCGGACUUUCGACUAACGUGGACUUCAACGAAGAGAACGUGGACUGCAAGGUGUUCACGAGCUUCUGGCACUAUGUGCUUAUGGCCAACUACUCCUGGAUCCUCAUGGAGGGACUGUAUCUGCACAGUCUCGUCUUCCUCGCCUUCUUCACUGACAGUUCGGGGAUUUUACGCUACGUGGCACUCGGCUGGGGCCUCCCCGUGUUGUUCAUCAUUCCCUGGGUCGUGGUGCGAGCGACGCUGGAUGACACCCUUUGCUGGACAACCAACGUCAGGCAAGACUUGUUCUGGAUCAUCCGAGGACCAAUCACAGCGUCCAUCGUGGUGAACUUCUUUCUCUUUCUUAACAUCACGCGGGUUCUGUUCGCUAAACUCUUCGCUUCACAGACGCCUCAGGCACGAAAGUACCGCUACAGGAAAUGGUUCAAGUCCACGCUGGUUCUUGUCCCAUUGUUCGGGGCGCACUAUGCUUUCCUGCUGGGAAUGUCCCUGGCUGCCGCCGGGGACCUCGUGGAGUUGAUAUGGCUCUACGUUGACCAGCUCUUCUCUUCAUCUCAGGGGUUCGUGGUGGCGCUGCUCUACUGCUUUUUGAACGGCGAGGUGCAGACGGAGCUGCGCAAGUUCUUCCAGAGAUGGCGCUGCGACCGUCGCGGUCCGGGCUGCGGGGAGAAGCAGCUGCAGCACCGGCACUCGCUCUUCAGCCAGUCGGUCACUUUCCUCAGCAGAGGUCGGAGUUCCAUCCAAUCGCUGCACUCCGUUGAUAGGAGAGAAGGCGUAGCCAAGAGCCCGUCUCCAAACUCAAUCAAGAGUAGGAUGAGCCAGCGGCUGCUGAGCAACGCCGACCAGGAGUCGCUGGGUGCGGUCAAGAGGAUGUCCAUUCCGGAGUACCAGGACCCAGCCAAGCGGACGCCCGAGGACAAGAGAGGCAGCCAGCGAAAACUCAACGGAGGCUAUGCGAUCCGCUGGGAGUGCCACGAUGCCGACUCGGACGGCGGUGCACUAGCCGACACGAGCGAAGAUAACCUUCUCGAAGGGGUUAUCCAGAAAGAGACGUGCCUCUAA